GUGUGUGUGUGUGUGUGUGUGUGUGUGUGUGUGUGUGAGGAUGUCCGCGGGAGAGGAGCAGAGUUUAAGUGCAGAUGAGCUGAGGAGGAAACUGUACCAGAGCUUUAAGAGGAGAGGAGUACUGGACUCAGUGAAGACCCAGCUCAGGAACCAGCUGAUCGUGGAGCUCCAGCGUGACUCGCCCCCCCGGCCGGGCCCCGCCCCCCCUGCCUCGCUUUCCUCCCUCGCCUCCAACAGCCUGGUGAUCGACCACCUGCGGAGCUCCGGCUACGAGUACACCCUGUCUGUGUUCUACCCCGAGUGUGGAAUCAGCAAGGACAAGGUUCUUCCAAUGAAGGACAUCCUGGAGCUCCUGAGAGUCAGUGCACAUUCCCCUCUGUACCACACCCUGAUGGAUGAUAUUCACAGUAAACAGAACGGUGUGUUACUCUCUCUGCUCUCCGAGUUAAUCGAUCAUCGGCUUCAGACGCGAGUCAGUGAGGUAGAGACUCAGACAGCAGACGCGCCGGACCACGGGGAGUCGCUCGUGAGGAAGAUGCAGGUGAUUGAUGAAGAGUACGAGGUGCUGAGGCAGCGAGGACGGCGCUGGGCGUCGGUGGAGGUGAAGCUGGCCGAGUACAGGAAGGAGCUGGAGGAGCAAGCGCAAGUCGAGCUCAAGUCCAGGAUGCAGCAUUUUCAGGAGGUGGAGAUCUCCCGGGUUCGGAUGGAGGAGAAGGAGAAGUGCCAGCAGGAGAUGUUGGAGGUCAGACGGCAGCUGGAGAGAAACCACGAGAUGAAAUCGGAGGCGCUGAUGAGCCGAGAAAAAAACGCCAUCGAGAGACUCCAGAAGCAGCAGCAGAUGGAGGAGAGGGACAUCUACAGCCAGCGGCAGGCUCUGCUCAAGGAGAUCGAGUCUGUUCGCAACAGAGACGCUGAACUGAGACUCAGGAUGGAGGCGUUCGAAAAGUCCUGUAAGCUACAUGAGGAGAAGAUGAGAAGCUCAGAGGAUCUAUUGAGGAAGAGAGAGCUGGACGUGAAGAAGAUGGAGGAAAUGUACGAACUGAAGCUCAACACUGAGAUCAGGAACUAUCAGCUGGAGCUGAAGGAGGAUUACGCCAGGAGGACAGAGGCACUGGCAGAGAGCGAGAGCAGAAAUAAAGAGGAGACGGUGAGGAUCCAGAGUGAAGCUGCUGCUGUCGACGCCAGGAGAGAAGAACAUCGCCGCGUCCUGAGUCAGCUCGCCAGACUGCAGGAGGAGCUGGCGUCAGAGCGUGGGAAUGUGUGUGUGUUAACGCAGCAGAACGCCGUACUUAACGAGAAACUAGAGGGUGUUAGUGAUUACGCAACAAUACGAAACGACCGCGAGGAGCUGCAGGCUGAGGUUCAUCUGCUGAAGAGACAACUGGAGGAAAGUCAGGAGGAGAAACGCAGACUUCGUCAAGACUUCAACAGACCGUCUCCGGAGCUCCUGGCGCUGCAGGUGGAGAUGAAAAGCCUGGAAGUGGCUCACCGACUGGACCAGGAGGAUUUGCAGAAGCAGAAGCAGGUUUUGCAGGACCGGCUCACGCAGGAGGUGGAGCGUUGCGCCCAGUUUAAGUCCCAACUCCUGGAGUGUGAGGAGAAGACCAGGUGGAUGUCCUCACACAUCGAGGAGCUCAAACAGCAGCUGAGACACACACAGCAAGCUCUAGAGAAUAAGGUCCUGUGGAACCCUAAACCCUCCGACAUAGACCACUCAGUUCUUGAUCUGGACCAUGCUGGCUUGUCUCCCACCGAUGAUCACCUGCGUGACCCAGAAUCAGCCACCAGGGGGCAGCGACGCUCACGGACCGAGGGCGAGGACGUGGUGGCAGCAGCUCUAAGCAGGGUUCAGGAGCUGGAGAAGGAGGCCGAGACCGUGGAGGAGGCAUACAGGAGCUAUCGACGGAGAAGGGGCGUGUCUCAUGUUCCCUUCAAGGGCGCUUCCCCUCCCCCGACUUUAGAGCCCCCAAACUUCGUUCGGCCGAUCGGAGCGGCGAAAAGCAGAGUCGUAACGGAAGAUGUUUACACGGCGACAGGACUGAACCGCUGCCUGGCGGGUCACAUGACUCCACCCACAGUGAGCUCUCCUCCAGUCAGACGCCUUUCAUCCACACCAGUCUCCGCCUCCAAGAUCAAGCCUCGAGCUCAGACUGAGAAAGAAGUGAUGUUCUCAGGUUUGAGUUCUCAGAGAGAGGUGUCUCCGAUUCCCGUGGUCGGUUUGGGCGAGCACACACACAUCACACCUCCAAACAGCCCUCAGCUAAAGAGCAUCGCACGCAAUACCUUCAGUCCUCCAAACUCACAGAGCGUCUCCAGCUCGUCUCAGGAGUCGCCCCCACAGCCGGAAAAAAUCAACAUUCAGGACCUGACCGAGGGUCAAGCAGAUGUCCUCUACAGUUUGGCGCAGCUGCAGGACCAGCAGGUGGAGGAGGCACACACACAGCUGGAGCAGCAGGAUAAUGUAGUUCAGUCUGAUGCUAAAGAGGAGGAGGAGGAGAGCCUGAAGGAGGAGGAGAGGAGGAGCCUGAAGGAGGAGGAGGAGAGGAGGAGCCUGAAGGAGGAGGAGGAGAGGAGGAGCCUGAAGGAGGAGGAGGAGAGGAGGAGCCUGAAGGAGGAGGAGGAGAGGAGGAGCCUGAAGGAGGAGGGGAGGAGAGACCUGGAGCUGCUGCAGCAGGAGGAUCUUCAGGAGCAAGACGAGGAGAAGAAGAAGGAAGAGACUGAAGUGGGGACAGAGGGACGGGUCGAGGGGACGGAGGAGGAGAAGGAGGAGAGUCGAGAUGAUGCUCUACACAAAUACAUGCUGAUGGUGAUGCAGGGGAGAGAGAGGGAGAAAGAGCAGAACACAAAGAAAGACGAGUCUGAGAAUCUGAGUCCUGAACCAGUGCUGCUGUCUGACCACAAGGAUAACAGCAUCGCGGCUUUUUCCCAGGAGGAUGCUGAUGACGAUUUUUGGUGAAUUUGCUUGCUGAGGGUAGUGUGUGUGUGUGUGUGUGUGUGUGUGUGUGUGUGUGUGUGUGUGUGUACGUAUGUGUGCACGUGUAACUUGAAUGUUUCAGUAACAGCCAUAAAAUGUCCAUGAUGUCUCUUUUAAAUUGAUAUUAUGUUCAUGAUUUGUAUGAAAUAGUUUUGGAUUUAUUAUUUUUUUUGUUUGUUUUUUAACAAACCUGAUGUUAUAUAGUUUUUGUUUGUUUUUCCAAUCUGACAAUAUUUUAUGAUGAAUUUUAUUAAUUUCCACUACACAGCACUAACAGGUUGUACAGAUCACCGUUCCUAAACCAAUAAAUUAAAUAAAACUGUAAAUCUGACUGAAUAUUCGUUAAACUAA